AGUCAAGGAUGACAUUUGACAAGAUCGCAGUCGAUAUCGUUAACCCACGUUAACCACUCGACAGCACGUGUUGUCGCAAACCGAAUGUAAUCUAACCUACAAUUACAAGCGUGUUUUAUUUUCAAAAAUGUUACGAAGACAGGCGCGGUUACGUAGGGAAUAUCUCUACAGGAAAUCUGUACAGGAUAAGGUAAAAGGUCUUCAAGAGAAGAAGGAUAAGCUGAAACGCAACUUGGACGAGAACACGCCGAUUCAUCCGGAUCUGAGGAAAAGCGCGUUACAUGUACAGAAGAGGAUCGAAUGGGAAGAUGCCGGGCCGGAGAUGGCUGUGGCCAUGGGCACGGAGAUGGGCGGAGCCGUGGUUAACCACGAGGAUGACGAGUAUCGUUGGGCCGGUGUGGAGGAUCCGAAAAUCGUCGUUACAACAUCUCGCGACCCAAGCUCUCGACUCAAGAUGUUUGUCAAAGAGUUGCGUCUAAUAUUUCCCAACGCGCAGCGAAUGAAUCGCGGUAAUUACGAGAUGAAACAGCUAAUCCAUGCUUGUCGUGCGAAUGAUGUGACAGAUUUCAUCAUGGUGCACGAGCACCGAGGAACUCCGGACUCUCUGGUGAUAUGUCAUCUGCCUUAUGGACCGACAGCUUAUUUCACACUGUCCGGUGUUGUGAUGCGACACGAUAUACCUGAUAUUGGCACAAUGUCGGAGCAAUAUCCUCAUCUCAUCUUUCACAAUUUCAAAACAAAACUUGGAACGAGAGUGACGAAUAUCUUGAAGUAUCUGUUUCCAGUACCGAAAGAGGAUAGCAAGAGAGUAAUCACUUUUGCUAAUCACGACGAUUACAUAUGUUUUCGGCAUCACGUGUACAAGAAGAUUGAGGGAAAGGAUAUCGAAUUGACCGAAGUUGGACCACGUUUCCAGAUGAAGUUGUACGAGAUCAAAUUAGGAACUUUAGAUACUGAAUCAGCAGCUGACACAGAAUGGGCAUUGAGACCUUACAUGAACACAAGUCACAAGAGAAGAUUUCUGUCCGAUGAAGAUGGUUGGCAACAAGAGGACAAUAUUUAGGAAGUUAUACUUAUUAUUUUUGUGUUCUAGAGUAUAUCUUGUAAACGCAAAUUAUUUUUGUAAUAUGUGUAAUAUAACAUUUUUAUUUCUACUUUUA